UUAUCCAAAACCCUCACUCUCGUCUUCUCCACUAAACCCCGGCCACGAUGGCCACCCCUUCCACCUCCGCCUCCACGGCCGCCUCCUCCGCAUUCCCCCUCACUACUGCUGCGCGCUUCCCUCGCGCCUCCACCUCCGGCACCCGCAUCCCCGCCCUCGCUGAGCGGCGCCGUACGCGGCGGCGGCGACUACCCGAAGGGAGCGGCGGCGACCGCUCGGCGGCCGCGGGGGCAGUGGAGAAGGGCCUGCGCCUGGCCUUCUUGGAGCAGCUCGCAGAGCGCGCCCGCGCCGCCGACGCCCUCGGCGUCGCGGACACCAUCUACGACAUGGUCGCCGCAGGCCUCUCGCCCGGGCCCCGUUCCUUCCACGGGCUCGUCGCCGCACACGCCCUCGCUGGCGACGCCGAAGGCGCUAUGCAAACUCUUAGGAGGGAGCUAAGUUCCGGUGUGCGUCCUUUACAUGAAACUUUUGUGGCUCUAGUCCGUGUCUUUGCCAAGAAGGGUCUUUCUACCAGGGCGAUGGAGAUUCUUGCUGCUAUGGAGAGAUAUAAGUAUGAUAUUCGCAAGGCUUGGCUAGUUCUUGUAGAGGAGCUAGUCAGGAACCAUUAUCUGGAGGACGCCAAUACAGUAUUUCUGAAAGGAGCAAAAGGUGGUUUACAAGGAACUGAUGAUCUUUACGAUCUUUUGAUUGAAGAAGAUUGUAAAGCUGGAGACCACUCCAAUGCGCUAACAGUUGCAUACCAAAUGGAGGCUGCUGGAAGAAUGGCAACCACAUUCCAUUUUAAUUGCCUUCUCAGUGUGCAGGCUACGUGUGGAAUUCCUGAAAUUGCAUUUUCAACUUAUGAAAACAUGGAAUAUGGAGGUGAAGAUUACAUGAAACCUGAUACCGAGUCUUAUAAUUGGGUUAUACAGGCAUUUACUAGAGCUACGUCCCAUGAUAGGGCACCAGAUGUGGCAGAGCUACUCGGGAUGAUGGUGGAAGACUACAAACGUGUUCAGCCUAAUGCAAGAACUUAUGCGUUGUUAGUGGAAUGCUUUACAAAGUACUGUAUGGUCAAUGAAGCAAUCAGGCAUUUUCGUGCUUUACGGAGAAUUCCUGGAGGAACAAAAGUUCUGUACAAUGCAGGGAAUUGCGGCGAUCCACUUUCUCUCUAUCUACGUUCACUGUGCCUCGACGGAAGAGCUGAUGAGUUGCUUGAGGCCUUAGAAGCAAUGGCUGACGAUAACCAGACUAUUGCACCUCGAGCAAUGAUUUUAAACCGAAAAUACCGCACAUUGGUGAGCUCCUGGAUAGAACCAUUACAAGAAGAAGCUGAUGUUGGCUUCGACAUUGAUUAUGUAGCCAGGUAUAUUGAAGAAGGAGGUCUUACAGGUGAGCGCAAACGUUGGGUGCCUCGUAGAGGGAAAACUCCUCUAGAUCCAGAUGAAUUUGGUUUUGCCUAUUCAAAUCCAAUAGAGACAUCUUUUAAACUGCGGUGUUUUGAGGAAUUGAAGUUAUAUCACCGAAGACUCUUAAUUACACUGCGGAAUGAAGGCCCUGGUAUUUUAGGUGAUGUAUCUGAAGAUGAUGUACGAAGAGUAGUCGAAAGAUUAAAGAAAUUAGUUGUAGGGCCAAAGAAGAAUGUUGUUAAGCCCAAGGCAGCGAGCAAAAUGGUAGUAGCUGAAUUGAAAAUCGAGCUGGAGGCGCAAGGGUUACCUACAGAUGGAACUAGACAAGUACUUUACCAGCGAGUUCAAAAGGCCAGGCGAAUUAAUCGCUCACGUGGUAUACCGCUUUGGGUUCCUCCUGUGGAAGAUGACGAAGUGGUCGACGAAGAGUUAGAUGAAAUGAUCUCACGAAUCAAGCUAGAAGAUGGAAAUACAGAGUUCUGGAAACGGCGUUUUCUGGGAGAAACUCGAAACCAUCUUUGUGAAGAAGAUAGCAAAGAAGACCCAGAUUUUGAUGAUGAGUUAGAUGAGGACGACGACGAUGAUGAUGACGACGAUUCCGCCAAAGAAGCAGAUGAAGAUGAGAUAGAUGAUGAGGUCAUUGACCGAACGGAAAAUCAAGCUGGUGAUGACGAGACCAAGGACAAACCAGCGAAAGGACCCAAUCAGCAUCUUCAAAUGAUAGGAGUCCAGUUAUUGAAGGAUCUAGAGAAGACAUCUGGUUCAACAAAGAAAUUAAAAAAAAUACCUGAGAUUGAUGAUGACGAAGAUUGGUUUCCUGAAGAUCCAAUUGAAGCUUUCAAGGUUAUGCGCGAGACAAGAAUGUUUAACGUGGCAGAUAUGUAUACUACCGCGGAUGCCUGGGGAUGGACAUGGGAGAGAGAGCUAAAGAAAAAGAUGCCACGCAGAUGGUCACAGGAAUGGGAGGUUGAGUUAGCUAUCAAGAUAAUGAAUAAGGUAAUAGAGCUGGGUGGUAGUCCGACUAUUGGAGAUUGUGCCAUUAUACUGCGCGCAGCAAUGAGAGCUCCAGUCCCCUCUGCUUUUAUUACAAUAUUGCAAACAACACAUAGCCUGGGCCAUAAAUUUGGAAGCCCAUUGUACGACGAGGUAAUCUUGCUGUGCCUUGAUCUGGAGGAGAUGGAUGCGGCCAUCGCCGUGGUCGCAGAAAUGGAGACAAAUGGAAUUAAGGUCCUGGAUGAGACCUUGGACAGGGUUCUUGCAGCCAAACAAAUCGGGAACGGGAACUCUGCGCUCCAACCACCAGCCGAGUAGCAGCCCUGUUUUGAGUUUGAACUCGGGAGCCCUCUGCAGCCGUGAUCUGGCGAUCUGAUCUAUUACACGGAAAUCACUCAGCUCCAUACCAUUGAUAGGCCUGAGCUUGCCUCGUGAAAUUUUGAUGGCGACAAGGGAGUUGCUGCAUGUGCAGAUGGAGGAAAGCUCAGCGAACGCUUUUGCGUUGCUUGAUCCCCCGUCCGUGUCAACUUUGGUCUAGUCACCGUGUGUUGUACGAUGUAUCUAAAGAUGACAGACAGUUUCAAUAGAGGAAACAAAAUGUGCUUUCCUUUUCCUAA